AUGGCUUCCGGACAUGGUAGCUCCGUAGGGUUAGGUGCAGGCAGCACUCGGGGCGGCGCACCAGGUUCUCCACCACGACCUAUGGAGGGGCGAGUAGGGGAUGGACCUGGAGGAGCCGGCGCUUGCUUCAUCAAGGGGUUUCUUUCCGUUGCGGCGCCGGCAUCUCGUCAGUCUUUCCGUUACGACGGCCCUCGACCCCCUCCUUCGGGGCAGACGCUGCCAGAGAGUGUCAGUGAGGAGGAGGAUGAGGAUGAGGCGGGUGAGGGCGAGGAGGAUGAGGAGAAUGAGGGGAGCGGGGAUGACAGUGAGGAGGGGUGGGAUCCCGAGAAGCAUGGUGGUGGGGAAGGGGGGGAUGAUGAUGAGGAUCAUGAGAUGGAUGAUUUAGAGCCAGAAGAGGUGCAGGAGGCGGUGGGGGAGGAGGUGGGAGAGGGGGGUGGAGUAGGGGCGGCGACAGAGGCGGGAUCACAGCAUGUGGCUGAAGGUGGAGGGAGCUUGGGGGUUAAGGUGGGGAGAAAGCCCGCGUCCUUGGCGGGUCCGAGGGUUAGGAAGAAGGCCAACAAAGUGAGGGAGCGGGCGUAUCCCGCCACGUUCACUGGGGAGCCCUUGGGGGACGCGUUGGAGUAUUGGCGCACCGCCACCAACAUGCAGACGCUGAGGCGCAUGGCCCGGGAUUAUCUCGCCAUCCCUGCCACGUCCGCUUCGAGCGAGCGCGUGUUCUCCCUCGGCCGCAACCUCAUUUCCUGGAAGCGGCACCGCCUGGCCUCUCAGAGGACGCGAGCUGUCAUGAUUCUCAAAUCAUGGUACAGUUCACACCCUGGACAGAGGAUAGGCGAGGGCCGCCGUGCAAAGGGCGUCGCACCGCCAGAGUUCGCCAUUGAAGGCGAGGGGGAGGAGGAGGACGACGAGGAGGAGGAGGAGGAGGGGGAGGAGGAGUGGGAGGAGGAGCAGGAGGGGGUGGGUGCUGGCGACACCGCUGGCGGGGAGCAGGCUGUUGUUGGUAGUAGCAGUGGAGUUCAGGCGUAG